UGUGAAUGCGGGCUUGUGGGUAGAGGACGACGGGGUCAGACAUAUUGUUUUCUCGGUCUGUGUGAAGGAGACAGGGAGCAUGAAGGCCGUGCGGGGAAUAAGUCAACUGUCGAGGAGGCUUUAUGUAACUCAGGCAGCCCGUAAGGCGGAGGUCGCGGAGCCAUUUAAGUUCCCGCCGCAGGAAGUGCAGGUGACCAAAUUGCCCAGCGGGUUGGUGAUCGCUUCCUUGGAAAAUUAUUCCCCUGCCUCUCGUAUUGGUGUGCUUGUAAGAGCCGGCAGCCGCUAUGAAACCUUUGACAGCUUGGGUGUCACACACUUGCUCCGACUGGCAAGUGGCCUGACUACCAAAGGAGCCUCUGCUUUUAGGAUCUGCCAUGGAAUUGAAGCAGUGGGAGGAUGUUUGAGUGUGUCUACAACACGGGAAACCAUGGUAUACACUGUGGAUUGUUUGAGAGAUCAUAUUGACACGGUUAUGGAGUAUCUGAUCAACGUAACUACUGCACCAGAGUUUCGCCCAUGGGAGGUGUCUGAACUCACUCCCAGGCUGAAGGUGGACAUUGCCAUCGCUCAGCAGAGCCCACAGAUUGGGGUCAUCGAGAAUUUGCAUGCUGCUGCUUACAAGAAUACCCUUUCCAACUCUCUGUACUGUCCAGACUACAUGGUUGGCAAAAUCACUCCAGACAAGAUGCACACCUUUGUUCAAAAUAAUUUUACAAGUGGAAGAAUGGCUCUUGUCGGGCUUGGUGUGGACCAUGCUGUUCUCAAGCAAGUAGGAGAGCAGUUCCUCAACAUCCGUAGUGGAACUGGGACUAUUGGAUCAAAAGCUCUGUUCCGGGGAGGUGAGCUGCGCAGUCAGACCGGAGGCAGCUUGGUGCAUGCAGCUGUGGUGGCAGAGAGUGCAGCAGCGAGCUCUGCCGAGGCCACAGCCUUCGGUGUGCUGCAGCACGUGCUUGGUGCAGGGCCACACAUCAAGAGAGGCACCAACAGCACCAGCAGACUGAGCCAGGCCAUCUCCAAGGCGACGGCUCAACCCUUUGACGCUUCUGCCUUCAAUGCCACGUACUCUGACACUGGUCUGUUUGGAGUGUACACCAUCUCCCAGGCUGAUUCAGCUAGAGAUGUGGUCAUGGUUGCUGUUAGCCAGGUUGGUGCUAUUGCACAAGGGAACCUUACUGUGGCUGACCUAAACAGGGCCAAAACUCAGCUGAAGGCUGAGUAUCUGAUGUCUGUUGAGAACUCUGAAGGUUUGUUUGAUGCUAUUGGGACACAAGCAUUGUCAGAGGGCACAUACCAUUCCCCAGAGGCAAUCACCCAAAGAAUUGAUGCUGUCUCUUCAAAUGAUGUGGUUAAUGCAGCGAAAAAGUUCAUGUCUGGGAAGAAGUCAAUGGCUUGCAGUGGAAAUCUGGUUAACACGCCUUUCAUGGAUGAAAUCUGAAACUGGUGUUCACCUUUUAAUGUUUAUGGCAAGCAAUGCCUAACUGUCUUCAUUCAAAAAAGAAAUGUGGGAUAAUGGUCAAAAUUUGAUUCUGGUGCCCAUUAUGUCCAACGUAAAAAUGUUAGCGUCAGCAGUUCAUACUGGAAAAAAAAGUGGAGAAACAUGAAAUGGAAAUACUUCAUACCUGUCCAUUUGAAAUGUAUAGCACAUGUAAACUAAUAAAUUGUAUUCCUCAAAAAUUGUGAA